AUGAUUGGUCCAGGCACCGGCAUGCUUGGAGAGGAUGGAAUCCAUGUCGACAUGAAUCACCUCAAAUCCGGGGAAGUCAACUUGGGUACAUCAAUCAUGGCCAUCAACUUCAAAGACGGGGUCAUUCUGGGGGCAGAUAGUCGGACAACCACAGGAGCAUAUAUUGCCAACCGAGUGACGGACAAGCUCACCCAAGUCCAUGACACCAUCUGGUGCUGCCGGUCCGGGUCUGCAGCCGACACUCAGGCCGUUGCGGAUAUCGUCCAGUACCAUCUUGGGAUCUACGGGAUCAUGAACAACGAGUCUCCCACCACCCAGACUGCUGCUGCACUGUUUCAAGAACUGUGCUACGAAAACAAGGACCAACUGAGCGCUGGCAUCAUUAUCGCAGGCUACGACAAGCGGAACGGUGGACAAGUCUACUCGAUACCUCUCGGCGGCUCAUUACACAAAGGGCCGUAUGCCAUCGCAGGUUCAGGGUCAACGUACAUCUAUGGGUACUGUGAUGCACACUGGAAAGAAGCCAUGACAGAAGAAGAAGGAAUACAGUUUGUCAAGGGAGCAUUAAGAGAAGCCAUCAAAUGGGACGGCAGCUCGGGCGGUGUUAUUCGAAUGGUGGUGUUGACCGCGAAGGGUGCUCAGCGACAUUUACGUCCUACUACGCCAAAGGUUGAGAUGGGCUCGCUGGUGAUCAGCCAAGUGGCGCCGGGACUCGGUCAGCAUCCCUAUCACCACAUGAUGGUGGACACCGAUCCUCCUCACGAAGACUCCUCCAGAGGAUACAGCGCCUCCUCGGACCAGACGCCUGUCGUCCACGAGCCUUUCGAAGAUUCGUCGACCCCAGGGUCCCAGCACGAUGGCCAUGAGUCAGGCAGCGCUCACUCUUCCUCCCCCCAUCACCAACCCUCCUCUUACUACCCGCAAAAUGUGAACCAACACGCGCGUGGAUUUGAUCAGUCCGGCUUCCCUCUGACCAGCGACCCGCGGGUCGUGGUCGCCCACUCUCCUCCCUCUCCGCGACUGCAACCCACAUAUCGCUCAACCCGGUCAUUGGGUGCGUCAGAAGCCAGUUCUCCCAGUCGGAUAAAAGUGAGAGACUUGUCACAUAUUCGCAGUCUGGCGAGUGAAGAAUAUUUAAACCGUCCGCGCUUGUCGGGACGCUCUUCCAGCUCCUAUUCGGACACGGGCAGGCAAUAUGAAAUCAGUGCCAUGCCGGUCACAGACAUCAUCGAAAUGGUCGCAGGCCUUCUUACCAAGAUAACCACCACCAACGAUCGUCAGCACGAGCAUCAUCGGCCGAUGCCACUCACAGAGGAACAGAGUCAUAUGAACCCGCACGCCUCCUGUGUCCUGGCAUUUCAUGGGAAGAACGUCCCAGGAAUAACGAUCCUAAGUUAUCUGAGUCGGAUACAUAAGUAUUGUCCAACUACCUACGAAGUUUUCCUGAGUCUGCUGGUCUACUUUGAUCGCAUGACCGACAUGGUCAAUCGGGGGCUUUUGGGCAACGUCAAUAGGCGACCCGAUGAUUCACCUGCGACGGCACCAGAGUCAUCCACGCCCACUCCGCGCUCUCCGGCCCCCAUGAAUGUGGACAGCCCUCAAGAGCAUCACGAUAUCGGCACGCCUCCUUCUCCGUCAGACUCACGCCAACAGUCCCAAGCCCCCCAGCAUCUCUCCUCUCCUCAAUCAGCCAGCAUGCCGACCGAUUUGUCGCAAUUCUUCGUGGUUGAUAGCUACAACAUUCAUCGCCUUGUAAUCGCUGGUGUCACUUGCGCCAGUAAAUUCUUCUCGGAUGUCUUUUACACGAAUUCUAGAUACGCGAAGGUGGGAGGCCUUCCUCUAGCUGAAUUAAACAACCUUGAACUCCAAUUCCUCCUCCUUAACGACUUCAGACUUUCUGUGCCGGUGGAGGAGCUGGAAGCCUACGGCACCAUGCUGGUCGAGUUUUACGCUAGAGAGUUACUCGCCCAACAACAGCUCGCUCAGCAACAACAGCAGCCGCAUCAAGGGGGCUCAGCAGGUCCGUCUCCUUCCGCCGGUGCGGGAGAUGGGAUUUACAUGCGCUCUGCCGGAGCUGAAGCAGGAUCAUCGUCGACGCAGGAGUAG